AUGGCAAUUACUUCCAAAUCAAUACUUGUUUCCAUAAUCACCCAAUUAUGCUUUGUUUCUUGCGUGUUAAGUCAAGAACAAGAAACCGAAUUUCUCCACCAUGGAUUUUUCGAAGCCAAUCUACUCAAGUUCGGAUCCUCCAAGAUCCUCCCAAGUGGUAUCUUGGAGCUCACAAACACCUCAAGGAGACAAAUGGGUCAAGCCUUCCAUGGCUUCCCUAUACCCUUCAACAACCCUAACGCAUCAAACCCGCUUUCUUUCUCCACAAGUUUCGUUUUCUCAAUCGACGCACCAGGUCAUGGUCUUACCUUUCUGAUCUCUCCUUCCAUGGAUUUCACAAGAGCCAUGCCCAGCCAGUUUCUCGGUCUCUUCAACACUUCAAACAACGGAAACUCCACAAACCGAAUCCUCGCGGUCGAGUUCGACACGGUGAAGUCAAACGAGUUUCUUGACAUCGACGGCAACCACGUUGGGAUCGACGUGAACGGUUUGGUCUCCGUUGAAUCUGCACCAGCUGCGUUUUACUCCAACCGUCAAGACAAGAACAUAAGCUUGAAGUUGUCGAACAAAGACCCUAUUCGAGCUUGGAUUGAAUUCAAUGGAGAUCAAAUGCUUCUCAAUGUCACUUUGGCACCUCUUGAAACUUCUAAACCUAAAUUUCCUCUUUUGUCGAGAAAGAUGAAUCUCUCUGAGGUUUCAUUUGAGAAGAAUAUGUAUGUUGGAUUUUCUGCAUCCACGGGGAACAUUACGAGUAAUCAUUAUGUUCUUGGAUGGAGCUUUAGCAGAGAAGGCAAAGCAAAAGAGUUUGAUCUCUCUCUACUUCCUUCGCCUUCGAACACUUCGCCAUCUGAUGCUGAUGACUUUGAUCCCAUUUCAAGUCCUCCUUCGGAUUCAGCAACCGCAAAACGCACCAAAAUGGUCAUUAUCUGCACGUUUGCAAUCAUGGUGUUUAUGAUUUGA